AUGCUUAAAUGGCUAAAGACUAAUUAUGAUAAAUAUAUAAGUGGUGCUGGUGGUGCCAACACCUACGAUCAAGUGCGACUGAGUGUUGAUAUCGAAGAGCAGCUGCAUCAACAUCAAAAGAAACAACAACAACAAGAGCAACAGCAGCAGCAACAACAACCACAACAUGGAGAUGAGCUAUUCGACGAUGACUCUGAGAAAACACCAAUCUUAGUGCUUGCCUAUCUCUUUUUCAUUGUGAUUGCCAGUGUCCUAGGAAUGGGUAUUCUCGGACUACCCGUUAAGCUGUCACAGUCGGGAUUCACUCCGUUUCUGGGGUCUUAUACGCUGUGCUAUGUUAUGCAGGUGUUGUCGCUGUUCUUUGUCAUUGAGAUACUCCAACGAUGCUAUGCCAUUAUCAGAGGUGAAAAUCCAUCGAUUAUCGGAUUGAACACAUCUCGUGGUAUCAGUAUUAGCAACGGUAUCAGCAACAGUAACGGUAGUGAUCAUUCUCCACUUGCCAGUCCUGGAAGUAGCGGAAGCAGCGGUAGUAUCAGACGUAAACGAUCGCCAUCUUCGACAUCCUCUUCAUCGGCAAUGAACAACACUGGUGAGGAUGCAGCACAAUCCACUGAAGAAUCUAUGUAUAUCGGUGGAUUAGGUGAGCAACCCAAUACAGAGGAAGAAGAAUACGAAGAGCAGCAUGCUCAAGGUAUAAUUCUAACGGGAAUGCAUCAUCAUGAUAAUCAUCUUGGUGAAAGUCAAGAUUUCGAAAAGAUAGAUUUAAAUCAAUCACAAUCUGUUCAAGCCGCCAAUGGUUCCGUAGCUCAAGUCACUCCGAAUCUUCAUUAUCUUGGUUUGAAAUUCCUUGGUACCGCAGCACAUAGAGUAUUUAUAUUUUCUGUAGUAUUACAUUUUACUGCUAUUUUGAUUAGUUAUGGUUUGGCAGCAGCCAUGGCAUAUAGUAAAUUAAUAGUUAGUGAAGAACAACAAAACUAUUUUAUAUUACCUACGAUUGUUGUGUUCACUUUGAUUGUUAUCUUUGGAUCGUCUUCUCUACAGCAUAUCAUUACAUUCUUUACGUUUGGAAAGGGUACUUUGCUAAUUGCCAUUGUGUUGAUUACUGGUGUCGUAGCUAAUCACGUUCGACUCGAAAUAUCCAAUGAUUGGGCGUAUGUUGGUCGAUCUUUUUUGAUCUCUACGGUUGCCCUUGGUGGAGCGUCCGGUGUGAUUCCCGUUGUAUUCCCAAAGAUAAUAUUCUCACGCCGUGAGAUGUACAAGUGCUAUGCAACGGUUUUCUCUGCACUGACCACUGUGUUCCUGUUGAAUAUUUGUUGGUGUUGGUUCUUGUUGCGUAUCAUUCCACAGAUGCCUGACGCCACUAAUCCGAAAGCACCGAAUCUCUACGAUGCCGGUAAGAAUUCACAGAUUGCAACGAUCCCAUUGAUGAAGGUGAUUCACGAUUACUACCCGCAGUAUCUCUGGAUUGCGUGGGCUGUCGAUAUCUUUAUUGUCAUCUCUAUCACCAUUAGCUACAUCACAGUGGGAACUGGUUACAAACAGACACUCGACGGAUUCUCUGUUUCCUGGCGAUCUAAAUCAUUGCAAAAUAAACAGAAACAACAACAGGAAGAUGAACAAUCAUUUAACAAUCGUAUUGAAGUCGAUGAUGAUCAACAACAAGAAAUACAACACCAACAACACCAACAACAAGGAUAUAAUGGAUCGAAACCAAAUAGAUUACCAGGAUUUCUUUGUACUAUUGGUAAUGCCAUACAGAGAAAGAUUGACUGGGUAAACAAUCAAAUCGAUGCAAAGGAGGUACAGUCGGUGGACAAUGUCGGUUCGACCAAUGUUAAAUAUCCAAUUCGUGAAUUCGUAUUCUAUAUAUUUGCAUUUGGGUUCAUCUUAACGGUUGCACUCUGUAAUCCAAAGGGAUUCCUUAUGAUGCUUGAAUCUGGUGCAUCUCUGGGUCUCAACCUACAGGCUGGACUCUUUGCAGUGCUCAUGCUGAAUUUCUCACGAAAGGCAUACUCUCACUUCCCGAUUCCUCUUCCUCUUCACAACUAUAUAUUCAAACUACGUUAUAUUGUGCUAGUUUACUUCUCAUCUGCAGUACUCUAUGAUAUAUUCGAACUAAUAAUCAAUUAA